UCUAGCUUUCUCUCUCUACAUCUCUCUCUCUCUCUCUCUCUCUCUCUCAAGUGCGCACAACACACAUACUAUUGGACGGUUUAAAAAGAAAAAAAAAAAGAAAAAGAAAAAUCCUGGAUUGCUGUUGGGAGACAAACACCACACCACCCAAAAACUUGCUUCUUUUUCUUGGCUAAUUAAAUUACCCCCAUUUUUCUUUGAUUAUUAUUUUAAUCCGCCAUUUUCACUGAAUCAGUGUGUGUGUUUGUGUGUGUAACGUCUUUACAUGGUGCUUUAAUUUUGCAGUGAAGCUUUCAUUUGCUGGUUGCGACGGUGGUGCACACUGACAUCUUGAUUCUGUCGUUUUAUUACAGGUCAAUUAUCUCGGGUUGAGAAUUGGUGCUGUGGUUUUAAUUUAUUUAUCCAAGAAAAAAUCAAUUACAUUGAUUCUAGAUGAUGAUGAUUGAUAUGAUGAAGGAUUAAUAACAAGAAGAAGAAGAAGAAGAAGAAGAAGAAAGAAUCUGUGAGAGAAUAUUCGUGUUUUUAAUUUUGUUGUUGGUUUGAAUUAUUAAUGGAGAGGAGGAGUAGUCAAGAAAGAAGGGAUACUCAUACAGCAGCAGCAGUAGGUAUGGCGAAUUCAAUUUCUUACGGCGGCCAAGAUUCUCCGGUGAAGCUUCCGCUUGCUCCUAUUCUUUCUACUCCGCCUGAUCAUCAUCGUAGGGGCACUAUUUCCAUGCUUUCCACUCGCCGCGGCAGCUCUAUUUUCAGCCCCACCCUAACCCUAGAUCACCACCACCACCACUUUAAUAAUCCUCCGCCGCCGCCGCAGCACCACCGCCAGCUCAGCCCUCCUGCCCCACUAGUACAGCUGCUGCAGCAGCCACUUGUCAACGAAGAGUACUCCAGCCCAGAUCCAGAUCCGCCGCCGCCCACAUCCACCCCAACUACUGCUGCUGCUGCUGCUGCAUCGAAUUCGAACAAUCUUGCAGUAACGCCACCGCCACCGCCGCCGCCGCAUCAGCAGCAGCAGAUAGAAGGCUCCGUGAGAUAUAGAGAGUGCCUCAAGAACCAUGCUGCUAGCAUGGGCGGCCAUGUUGUAGACGGGUGCGGUGAAUUCAUGCCUAGUGGAGACGACGCCUCCCCGGAAUCUUUGAGAUGCGCCGCCUGCAAUUGCCACCGCAACUUCCACCGCAAAGAAGCCGAAGGCCAGCUGCUACAAACCCACCACCCCGCCUACCUCAACCCCAACUCAACCAACAACAACAACCACCGCUCCGCAUUAUUCCACGGCAGCCAACUUCCAUCCUCCGCCCCGCCGCCGCCGCCGCCCCACCACCACCUCACGAAGCACACUCUCACAAACUCCCAAGGCUUCGCAGCCAGGCCGCCAACAAUGGUGAACUUCGGCGGAAACAGCGGAGGAACCGCGGCCGAGUCGUCCAGCGAGGAUCUCAACAUGUUCCACUCCAGCGGCGGUGGACACAACACCACGACAGGGGGGCCGGUGCCCCCGUCAUUCAAGAAGAGAUUCCGGACAAAAUUCAGCCAAAACCAAAAGGAUCGAAUGCAAGAAUUCGCGUCGAAGAUCGGUUGGAGAAUGCAGAAGCAAGACGAGAAAGAGGUGCAGCAGUUCUGCAACGAAGUCGGCGUCAAGAGACAGGUUUUCAAAGUUUGGAUGCACAACAACAAACAAUCCAUCAAGAAGACGACGCAAUCCGAUUAAUUCAUCCGAAAAAACGAAAAACGAAAGGCAAGAACUUAUUCGUCACAUUUAGUAGUACAAGCUUGUGCAUUAUCAUCAUCAUCAUCAUCAUCUAAUGUAGAAAUAUAUUUUCGGCGAAUAUUAGUUUUAAUUAAUUACCUUAA